AAUUUCGGACUGAACGGAUCGCGCGCGUCGUACGCAGCGGAAAAAAGCAGUACAACAACGGCGGCGGGGCGGUUAAACAAAACGCCGCCAAAACACACACAGCGAAAAAAUUAUUAUUAUUGUUAUCUGAAAGUGCCCCACCCCCUCCCCUCUCAGUGUGUGUGCGACCAUCGGCGGAUAUCUGUGUGUGUGAGUGCGCGAGUGUGUUUGCGUGCGAAAGUGCAUUAAUUACACCAAUACCACGGCAGAUGCAGCAGCAACAGCAACAACAGCGAGAGAAAGAAGAGUUACCACAAAUGCAAAUACAAUAAAAAUAAAAUAAAAACAAAAACAGAGGCAAAGCAAAUGGAGAUCGAGCAACAACACAGAGCCCAAUAAAUGAUAAAAAUUUAAUUUUUUUAUUGUUUCCAAUUCAAUUUUGUGAUGCUUUUUCUGUCGAAUGCAAUUCGCAGGAGUUCGCAGUAAAAAGUCACCCCAAAAUCCGGAGUGCAUAAAUACACGAAAAAAUAACAGAAAAUACACCCAGUAAAAUUCGAAUCGGUGCAUUUGGACUCGGAUCGGUUUUUUCGGUUCGGUACGCAGAAAAGGCAGAACUUAACGGGCGCGUCGUUACCUUCUUUGGAAGUUUUCGAAAGAGCAACAAAACGUGAGCUAUUGCCUCGAAAUCCAAUCAGUAAAAUGCGCAAGUUUCGAAUACAGUGCAAAACGGGUUUAUAAUAAAUGUACUACUGAGCCAGCGAUAAAGGAUCCGAUGAUCAGCCAAGGAAAGCCGCUCCAAUGGUCUAUCAACGCAAAUGUGCUAAAAAUGUGCAAGUGAAGCGGAAAUCUUACCAAAGUAAUUGAAAGAAAGAUAUCCAUAAAAGCCCCCAAAUCAAACAAGCCGAGAAUCGUAACAAUCCCCACACUGGAAUAUAUAAAAAAGAGUGCAUAAUGUUCAAUGGGAAGGAGGGCUCCCAUUUAAAAUGAUGCCCCUCCAUUCGCGGCAUACGACGCAAUGCUCCUAAAUAGAAGAAAAUUCUGCUGCGAGUGUUCCGUUGUCGAAACAUGGUACGCGACAGUAGCCGUAACAUUUGUUUUGGAAAAUUAACCGAAACUACUACGCCGCACCAACAACAACAACAACAACCCCAGCCACAGCAGCAGCAACAACAGUUCGUUGUGGAUAGCAGCACCAUAAAUAAUAACAACAAUAAUAACAACGUCAACAACAAUAAUCAGAAAUUGAAAAGGUCUACAGAGGAACCACCGACAAACAGCUUCGAAAGGAACUACUACGACCGCACCAGCAGCCGCUUAGUCAGUCAAUAUCAGACGAGCAAUUCCGCCUCCUUGGCCAAUUCAAACUCAAUCUCCAGUCCCUCGUCCGUGAGCGCCUCCGCGUCAGUGUCCGCAUCGGCGGCAGGAGGAUCCACCGAGAGAUCGCGCAACCGAGAUCGCCUGUACAGGAAUGGUUCUGCCAGCGGUCACAGCGGCGGCAUCAACAGCAGCGGCAACAGCAGCAACACGACGACGACGACAGCAGCCUGCACAGCUGGAGCUGGAGGAUCUGGAACGGGGGGAGCUGGAGGAUUGGUAGGAUCAGGAGCUGGAGGAGUGCCGCAGGCGCUAGGCGACAGGAGCAGCAGCCACAAUAUCCACCAGAACCAGCAGAGCGCGCGGGUGGCACCACCACAGUCAUGGUACGAAGCCGCCGCUGCUGCAACGACGGCCCAAUUAAAAAGUCCUGGUGGCAGUGGCAAUGCCGGCGCCUCAGCAGCCGGUGGCUUCACAAUGAGCAGCUCACCGAUCAACCAUCAACAGCACCAGCACCCACAUCUUCAGAAUCCUCAACACCCGCACUACAGCAGCAGCACAGCGGCAGGAGCCGUAGGAUCCUGUCCAUCUCCCGCCCAAGGACAGUUACAGAUCCAAUCGCAGACCACGGCCGUGCAUCGGAGCGUGGCUUAUGCGGGGAGUGCUGCGGAUGACUCGCCAACCACCGCCACCUCGCGCAAGAUGCACCUUAACAGCAGCAAACUCAAUAAGCUACUUAAGGGGGCAGGAGCAGGGGGCAGCGGAGGAGCACGCUCUGGUUCGGAAUCGCCAGGAGGAGCUGGAGGAGCUACUCCAUUGACGACGACAAGUACAAUCACAAACAAUAGUUUUAGUAGUAAUAGUUUAAAUAAUACAAUAACCACGGCAACUCCAACGAUGCCCACGAUAGUAUCUGGAGCUGCAGGAUCAGUAGGACUAGGAUCUGGAUCAGCAGCGGGAGCAGCUUCCAAUCCCGGUUCCGGCUUAGCCAGCGGUGACAUUUUAAAUGUGGCCGCUGCUUUGGCCGCCGCUGUGGACAAUGUUAUGCCAGUGCACGCGAUCCGGACGCGACACCACCUGCACGGACGCAGCACCACCUCCUCCAGUCGCUCGCACUCGCGCUCGCCGAGCAGCUACAGCAGUUCGCAUAGCUCCUCAUCCUCAUCGCACUCCUCAUCCCACUCGCACGCGUCCAGUCCCGUCCAGUCCACGGGCAAUUGUGCGAUGGCAGAGGGGCGCGGCGGGCGUACCCUCCAGUCCGUCGCCGUAACCAGCAACUCUUCAAAUCCCAGUGGCAAUGUUGGCAACGCCAGUAGCGCAGGCGGCGGCGGAGGCUGUGGCUCUAGUUCAUCUUCAAGCAGUAGCUCUAGUUCCAGCGGAUCCUCCUCCUGUCUGACGGCCAAUCCCGUGGUGCAUUCCGAAGACAACCGGCCGCUGGCGAUACGUGUCCGCAACCUGCCCGCCCGUUCCUCGGACACAUCCCUCAAGGAUGGUCUGUUCCAUGAGUACAAAAAGCACGGCAAGGUCACGUGGGUUAAGGUGGUGGGCCAAAACUCGGAACGCUACGCUUUGGUUUGCUUUAAGAAGCCGGAUGACGUCGAAAAAGCGUUGGAGGUGUCACAUGAUAAACACUUUUUCGGUUGCAAGAUCGAGGUGGAACCGUACCAGGGCUACGAUGUCGAGGACAACGAGUUCCGCCCCUAUGAAGCCGAGCUCGAUGAGUACCAUCCCAAGUCCACGAGGACGCUUUUUAUCGGGAACCUCGAGAAGGACAUCACCGCCGGCGAGCUGCGAGGUCAUUUCGAGGGCUUCGGUGAGAUCAUCGAGAUCGACAUCAAGAAGCAGGGUCUAAAUGCCUACGCAUUCUGUCAGUAUUCGGACAUUGUCUCCGUGGUGAAGGCAAUGCGCAAAAUGGACGGCGAGCACUUGGGCAGUAACCGGAUUAAACUGGGCUUUGGAAAAUCAAUGCCCACCAACUGCGUUUGGAUCGAUGGUGUCGGCGAGAAGGUGUCCGAGUCGUUUCUUCAGUCACAGUUCACGCGAUUUGGGACAGUGACCAAAGUCAGCAUCGAUCGGAACAAGCAGUUGGCCUUGGUUCUGUACGACCAGGUGCAGAAUGCCCAAGCCGCGGUGAAAGACAUGCGCGGGACUAUCAUGCGGGGCAGAAAGCUGCAGGUGGAUUUUGCAUCGAGAGAGUGUCAGGACGCCUUUUAUGACAAGCAGGAGAAGCCGCAACAGCAGCAACAAGGUUCCAGUUCUAUCUCGCGCUUUAGUCGCUAUGAGUCAACUGCCUCUUCAUCGCAAUCCCGAUCCCGCGCGUCUUCCUUUAGCCGCCAUCAGAACAACUCAAACGACGGAUGCUCGCCCGGCAACACGCCAGGAGGAGCUAGCAGUGGAAACGCCAGUGGGAGCAGUACAAUUAACCAAAGCACCAACAGCAUCAUCACUUCAAACAUCGGUACCACUGCCUCCAGUGUAAUGCCAGCUCCUAGUUUGGCGUCUGCUACAGUAAGCAGUAGUGGCAACUCCUCCGGAACGAUGCCUGUAGCCGCAUCCAUGCCCUCGGCGGCAAGCACCUCCUCUAGUUUGAUGCCCAUGUCUCCGGCUGCUUUAGCGCAAAGGCAUCGAAUGGCUCGAAAUGCGCGUCAAACCGUUGACUGUGACUUCAACGAUGUGGGUCGCCUUAGGUUUCGCAACUCUGAGGAGGUUUCUGGAGGCUCAGGAAGUUCCACGCAGUUUGAGGAAGUCCGCUCCGUUUCUCCAGUACUCUCUCGUCAAGGUACAGCUGUAAAUUGUUUGUCUGGAACUGCUGGAGCUGUUGGCGAAUCAAUCGAAGGGACGAUAAACAGUAGCCAAAUUGGUGGUGGAGGAACUGCACCGACGGGACCAGAAGGCUUCACAGGAUCUGGCAGCAACAGUCUUAGCCGGAGACGUUGCGGUAAGACACCCAAAGACUUGCACACCGUGCACAAUCAACGUUUCCAUUUGGCAGAACAACUCGAGGAAUGCCCGUCCAGUGGUGAUGAGGGUGUGGUCAGUCCGCGAAAGCGAAUAAAAAUGGAUUACCACCAUCACCAACAUCAUUCCAAUGCUAGUGGGCUGGAGUCCACUGGAGAACUCAGCAGCAUCAACAAACCCAGCCCUCUUUCCUUGUCCAACUGUGAUGUGAUACACGAUCCUCUUAACCGUAAAAGCGAAAUACGCAGGGUGUCCGAAACCCCGAGUGGUUCCCCCAGCAUGAAGUUUCCCGGCCAUCUGCCGUCGGCGCCCCCAUCCAUGAUGCUCAGCUGCCGGCGCCCGUCCAUUGAUGUGGGAGCAUUGUCGGCGCUCUCUAGUUCCUCGGCUUUCCGCCAUGGAAUCGUUGGAGCCAGCAGCAUGGACCAGCAGCACAUGUUAAAUGCUUCGUUGGCUGCGAAGCGGAGACGAGUGACCAACACCAUGCAGCAGCCGAGCUCAUCCUCAACCAGCAAUAACUCUGGUGGAUCUGGCUUAGGCGGGAUAAGUAGUCUAACGCCGGCGGAUGACUACCAUCAUCAUGUCUCGAGAGGCAGGGGCCAUCAGCUACAUUCCCAUCACUCACACGAGGCCAGCGGUGGAGAAAGUGCGGAUGGGUCUCGUCCUGGAACACCGCUGUGCGAUGAGAGACCUGAAGUCCUGCCCACAGAGCCACGCCGCCUGCCUCCGCCCAGAGAAAGAGCGCGAGAAAGAGUCCGGGAUGUGAUGUGGCUUCCCCUGCCAAAGUUCGGUGUGCUCUUUUUCCAACAACAGCAAUCCAGAGGCAGUGGAUGCGGAGGGGGAAGCAGCUACCUACAACCGCAACUGGGGGCAGGGUCGUCCGGAGGUUUAGGAGGCUUAGGAGCUUCUUCCUCCUCGGCAUGCUCCCUCAACAACUCUAGUCUAAACUCCAGUCAGGGAAUGGGCUCCUGUUCUGGAUCCGCAUUCCUGCCCAGCCCCUCUUCACGAUAUUGGCGAUCGUCCUCGCACCACCACCAUCAGCAUAAUCACCAGCAGCAGUCGCAGCAAUUGCACGGAUCCACAUCUUCCAACUCUGGUUUGAUGGCCAGUCCGGCACGCCCGCGCUCACUUAGUUCAAACUCCAGCGAUUCUGACGUACCUGGUCAAAAUGCUGGCGGAAGUCCAUCGUUGGAUGAACGACUUCGCAACUUUGAGGAGAACUACGAGAGAUGGUCUGGAGGAAGCAGCAGAGAACAUGUUUCAAGUCAUACCCCCUCUAGUGCCACGCCAUCCUGGCAGCUCUCCGUGCACAUGAAUUUGGGGACCGGCCUAAAUUCGCAUCAAACUAGUUCGGGGUCCGGAAAUAGCAACAGUUCAAGUGGUACAGUAUCCAGCUCCACCAGCAAUUCUCGGCACAAGUUUCUGGACAUUGACGAGCUGCAACCCUCGGACAUUGUCAAAUCCGUGCUGGCCAAAAAAAGCAUUUUCGAUGACGAUUUCCAACGGCUGAAUAAAAACCAAUGGUACGAUCCAGCCAGCUCCGAUUUCGCUUUGGGUUCCAACUCCAAUAUUAUGGUAGGAUCUUCGUUAGGAUCUAGUGUUUCCCGACAUCCUGGAGGCGCUUGCAGUGGGAACACCUCACCUGCCUUGCCCAAUCUCGCGGCAACCAAAACCACUUCUAUUAUUGGAAACUGUGGUGUGGGGCUGGGUAACUCGACGAGUAGCAAAACGGCUGGGUUGCUUCAAAGGCUUAGUAGUUUGUCACCCAUGAACUCUCCUCAAGCUUCGAUGUCACCCUACAACAGCCCAUCACCCUCACCUUCGGUAGGAGGAGCUACCUCCGCUAACCAUGGACAGCUGAGCAAACCUACAGCACCGGGAGCAGCAAGUGGAGGACUUAGUGGAGGAACUAUCGCCGCCUCAUCCUCUCCAGCUACCAAUUCGGGACCCACUAAGGGACUUCAGUACCCGUUUCCAAGUCACCCGCCAUUGCCAAACACAGCUGCACCACCGCCGGCCGUGCAGCCAGCGCCACCACCUCCUCCAGAAAUGGCAAAACAGUCUAGAUCGGUUGGACAGACUUCAGGAAGCAAUCUGACCAAGAGUUUGAGCGUACCAGAUGCUCCUCAACAAUCUCCAACGAGAAUUCAGCUUCAGAAAUCUGCCUCAGUGCCAGGGAGUACUAACGUGGGCACUACCAACAGCUCAUCCUCAGGAUCAGCAGCCGGGUCUACGGGUACAUCUGCAUCUACUUCAUUAUCAUCGUCCAACGGUAACAGUUCCUCAACCACAACAGCGACACAUGUACAAAAGCCACCACAACCGACCUUUAGCGAGGAGGAGCAGUCGAAAAAGAGUGGGACCUCGUCAUCCCAAUCCUCAAGUUCCAGCUCGAAGAAGGUCAGCAGCAGCCACGAUAAAUCUCACAGCAAGCACAACAAUCGAUCGGAAAGCGACAAGAAGAACAAAAAGUCUGACAAAAAUUCAUCGUCCCAUUCGUCCUCCGAUAAGCGAAAGAACUCGGCCACUUCCCAGUCCUCCAAAUCAGCUACUCCCCGCAUCGAAGACGACUCCAGUGAACCCGAUGAGUCCGCAGAGAAAUCCGAAAAAGACCAGCGCCACGAGAGGGAGAAAAAGGAGCGUCAAGAAAAGGAGAAGCGAGAGAAGGAUCUGCGUAAGCAGCACGAGCGAGAGGAGAAGGAGCGAAAGGCUCUGCAGGAGGAAAGAGAGAGAGACGAUCGAAAGGCUAAGGAGGAGAAAGAAAAGGAAAGGGAGCGGGAGAAAAAGGCCCAAGAGGAUCGGGAAAAAAAGGAAAGAGAAGAGCGAGAGCUUAGAGAGAAGGAGCAGCGUGAAAAGGAACAAAAGGAAAAGGAAAUCCGAGAAAAGGAGCAGCGCGAGAAGGAGCAAAGGGAGAAGGAGUUGCGAGAAAAAGAUCAAAAAGAAAAGGAGCUGCGUGAGAAGGAGCAAAGGGAAAAGGAGCUUCACCGCGAAAAGGAUCAACGGGAUCAGCGAGAAAAGGAACAAUCACGCCGCUCCAUGGACUCGGAGCAAGAAGCUCGAUUGGGCCGGAUGCGUGAACUCUCUUCGUAUCACAAGAGCAAAGCGGAUGCCACCGUCGAGGCUAGCAGCUUCUACUCCCACAACAAUAUCCCUACCUCAACUGCCCCAAUCGACUGUCACCACAACAAGGAAAACGCAGCGGAUGCCACUACUCCCAAUACUCCGAGUGCUUCUCCAUCAACCCCUUCAGAAAACGCAUCCAAGGACCGUUCUCGAAAGUUGUCUAGGAAUUCGCCAGUGCGCUUGCAUAAGCGACGACUUAGCUCACAAGAAAGCAACCACAGUGCCGGAGUAUGUGGAGGAUCCAGUCAACAGAAUCACCAUGAAGAUUAUGUAAAGCGCAUAAGAAUGGAAAACUCGCAGAACACAUCGGCUCACAACAGUAAUCAAAGGUUGAACGACCGCCGGGACUCCAAGGAGCACAAGAGCAGUAGUUCUAAGGAAGAGAAAACUAGUAGCUCUCACAUCUCAAAGUCCCAUGGUAGUGGAGGAAGUUCCUCCUCAUCCUCAAAGCAUCAACGCCGGGAUAAACAUCACCAGAAGAGCAGUGUCAGCUCCAUAGAAACGAACCCCUCUAUUGAAAUGGUGGUGGAUCCUUCUCCCCAGACCAAGCCACAGUUAAAUACGAGUGAGGAGGAGCAGCAUUCUCAACCCAAAAGAGAGAAGGAAAGGGAGCACUCCAGUAGUCACCAUCAUGGCAGUAGUUCAUCCUCCAGGCAUAAAAGCAAAAGAGAGCAUCAUCACCAUCGCGAGAAAAAGAGGCAUUCGGUGGCGGAAUCCACAAACACAGAUGAAGAACAUACACCACAGCAGCAUAAUCCUCACAGGAGAACCUCGGCUGCAGGAAGUGGAUCCGCUGGAGAACUCAGCUCAGCUGCCACUAAUACCUCGAGUGGAAAACCCCAUCAUCACCACCAUAGAAGAAGUGUCGAACGGAAAUCGUCGAGGGGGUCUGAUGAAGGCCAUAUCUCUUCGUCAAAAUCGCUUCGCGCUAAACUGAUGAUGUUGAGCUCCGCAGAUUCUGACGACACUGAUGAUGCUUCCAAGAAGCACUCCAUUUUCGACAUUCCGGACGAUUGUCCAAAUGUCUCAAUGUACGACAAAGUAAAAGCCAGGAGCUGUAAGAAUAUGCAACGUCAGGCGGAGGAAAAGAAGAUCAAGGCGAAAUUCUCGCAGCUGAAGCAAUCUCGUGCCAAAAAGAAGCGCUCUACUAGCUACGACGGGGACUCGGACACUGAGUUUGAGGAUCGUCAUCAUCGGAAUAGUGGCAGCAGCAGUUUCCAUAGUCGUUAUCCUGGACUGUCUAGCAGCGAUGAUGAUGACGAUGAGGAGUGUCAUCAACGGCGAAUUUCGUCUGAUUCGGAUGCAGAGCCUGGUGAUCAGGAUCCACAGGAUGCAAGCUCCCUACCUGCUAACAGGUUGCGUCAGAUGCAGCAGAACCUAAGGAGACUUUGCGAUGGUGACGAUAGUUCCGAGGAUGAGAUUAGAAGGAAUGUGAUGAAGCACAGUCAUCUGGGAAAGAGAAACUCGCACUCCACCCGGAUUGCAUCCGAUUCAGAGUCACAAUCCCUUCCGGCUCCUGAUUUGGCGAUCAAGCAAGAACAACCAGCGGCUCCCGUCCAGGAAAUCAAGCGAGAGCAGCUCUCUGACAGCGAACCGAAAUUUAAAUCACGUCAUGAUUCCAACUCCUCGGUAGAGGAGCGCAAGUUGAAGACGGAAAGAGAGAUUAAGAAAGAGAUUGGAGAUUUCUACAAUUCAGCUGCUUACACAUACUCUGAUUCUGGAAAGACCAAAGACUACUCUCCAGAAACUCGAAAGAAGCACAAGAAGAGCAAGAGACGCCUAAAGUCCUCCUCCACAGUAGAGACUUCGGCUCCUCCAACUCCUCUGCUAGUGACUCCAUCGACACCCUCCAUCUUUGAUGUCCAUUCCUCCACCGAGUGCAAAACCAAGUUCGACAGUUUUGAUGACCUCAAAACUGAGAGUGCCUCGCUUCCAGUAGAGAUUUCAGCCAGUGAGAGGAGGAAGCACAAAGAGAGAAAGGAAAAGAAACGCGAAAAGCUGAGGAACAUGACGGAGAACAGUAGCGGUACUAUUGUAACCAAUUCACCCAUCACAAAUGAUACAGGAACAGAAAAAUUAUCGAAAGAAGAGCGCCAUCGUCUCAAGAAGUCCAAGAAAUCGAAAAGUCUGGAUACCUCCUCCUCCACAAAAUUAUACAGUUCAGGAGUAGUUCGUCCUAAUGCUUCUCCUAUGCCUGCCACACCCACUUCGGCUCCCGUGAUAACCCAACCUUCAAAGAGAGGAGACGAUAAAAUGGAGUUUAUCUUUGGCAUAAUUUCUGAUGAGGAAGAGACCCAGUUUCCAGAACAAGUAGAAAGCAAUAAGGACGUUAUAGCCAGUUGUGGGUCUACUACUGGUCCAAUUGUUUCCGCUGCGUUGCAAACCUACAAGCAGGAACCAUCCACACCUACCAGCAAAAAUCAGGAAGCACUUAAAGAAUUGCCAGUGCAAGAGGAUGAGCAGCAACAGGAGAGAAGUCGACAGUCGGGAGGAAGCGGCUCAUCCCAUGCGGAUAGGGAGAGACAUCGGAAGGAGAAGCGCGAAAAGAAGCGGCGCGAGAAAUCUCAGCGAGAACAGCAAAAUCAUGCACAACAGCAAUCCUCCAAGGCUGAGACCAAAGUGGAUGAUGAUAACAGCGUGGAUAUGGAUGAAGCAGGGAGGGCUCUAGAGGCACAACUGAUGAUUGACUUUGACAGCAAGACGAUUCCAGAGGAAGCCACUCCUUCAACAGCCGCUACUUACAGAUCCGAUAUGGCAGAUGUGUUCCGAUUCUCCGACACAGAAGACAACCAUUCAGUGGAGAUGAUUAAACAGGGCGCCAAACCGGAGCAGCUUGAGCAGCAUAAGAGCAAAGACAAAAAGAAGAAGAAAAAACGAUCCAAAGAGGAGAAGCAGGAGAAGAUGCUGCAACAACACCGCAGGGAUUCCUUACCAAGUGUGGUUCCCACUUCAUCCGCUCCUCCUACUCCUGGAAAGCUGACUGUAAACGUUCAAGCUGCCACCAAGCAUGCAGAAGAACAUUUUGAUGAUAAGCAUGUUUCAUCGCCGCCCCUGUGCAAACCAUCUCCAAGUUUGCCAUGUCUAAUAGGCGACGAUGACGAUGAUCUACUGCUUACCCCGAAAGUAAAACCUACGACGCCCACGAGCCGUGGAAGCGAUAGCCUCACUCCUUCACGCGAGAAACCUCGUCUAAUUAGUCCUAUACCUAAAACUCCAACCAUAGCCAACAGUUCCCUGUUGUCUACUCAGUCUGCGGAGACUCCUGUGAGCAGUGGAACUGGAGUGACUUCCUCAUCUGCUUUGGCCACCACGCCCACAUCUUCAACAGCAGCGGGAGCCAGUGCAGCAGUAGCUGCAGCGGCAGGCGUGGAAAGUUCGCCCACCAGUGCCUCUGCUCAAAGCAAGAAAAAGGAUAUCUUCAUACCUGGUUUCGAUGGUCAGCUGGAUGAUAUGAUUAGCGAAUCAGCCGUUCAAUCAAUUUCGGCAGAGUUUAAUUCAUCGUCCUUACUCGAUAACAUGGCAGAUGAACCGAAAAUUCCGGUGGCAUCGCCUCCAGGUGCGUCUAAACCUUUGGAUAAGCUAGAGGAUAGCAAGUCCCGUGUGACCAUAUCGCAGGAAGAGACGGAGAGUGCCGUAUCCGCCCUUUUGGGUGAAAGUUUUGGAACCUCCUCUACGGCGGAUUAUUCACUUGAUGGCAUGGAUGAAAUGAACUCAGUAAGUGAAAUAGAAACUCCCGCUCUAGUGGUAGCAGAACCCGAUGAAGAAGCAGCUUUGGCCGCCAAGGCCAUUGAGACAGCUGGGGAGCCUGCAGCUAUCCUGGAGGAUCCAGAAAUUGAGCCCGAGCCAGAACCUGAACCAGACCCCGAGCCUGAUCCAGAGCCCGAAUCUGAAUUGGAACCUGUCGCUGAAGUCGGGGAUCCCGAUGAACUCAAUAAAGCGGUGCAAAGUUUAAGGCACGAGGAUAUGUUGGACAUCAAGGCUGAUACUCCGCAAUCAGAGAGAGAUCUACAGAUUGAUACGGACACAGAGGAAAAUCCUGACGAAGCCGAUAGCAGUGGACCUAGUCUAAAGAUUGAUGAAACUGUCCAGAGCUCCUCGUCGCCGGAGAAGUCCAUCAGCCAUUCUUCUGUUAGGGAAACGCCAAAGCCUCUGGAGGAGUCUAAGCCCAAGCCUAGCAAAGAUACCGCAGCGCAACCGUCUGUGAUUACCAAGUUGCCAACUUCGGAGCCGCAAAAGACGGCACCUGCAACUGGAACAGGCCUAGCCUCUUCCCCUGCUAAGAUUGAACCGCCAACCAUCAGUAAACUCCAACAGCCUUUGGUGCAGCCUGUGCAGACUGUCUUGCCUGCCCCACACGUAGCAGGAAGCGGAGUGAAUCCAACUCCCGUUGUCAAUUUGGAUCUGUCCAAUGUAAUGAGCAAUUGUCCUAACUCCAGCACGGCGUCUACAACAGCUUCAGCUUCUGCGUCAAUCUCGUUCGGAAGUCCAACUCCAAGUCAGAAUACUAUGCCACAAGCUUCGACUCCCAAGCAGGCUCCGCUAACACCGCACCAAACACUGCGAGCGCAAUCCCUGAUUAUGCAGCCACCAACAAUAUCCAUACCAGAACCGACUCCCCACUUUGUGGUGCCCACAAUGGUACUAUCUCCACACCAGCAACAGCAGCCACAUCACUCCCAGCAACCUGGAACUUACAUGGUUGGCAUUCGAGCUCCUUCUCCACACAGUCCGCUCCUUUCACCAGGGCGUGCUGGAUCCCAAAACCGCCUAGUGGGUCAGUUGAGUCCUGUCGGACGACCUUUAGUAAACCAACCGUCACCUCAGCAACAGGCUCAGCAGCAACAUACGCUGAUAACUAGCCCGCAGGGUAGCAACAUAAGCCCAUUAGCAAGUCCCACAACGCGAGUGAUGGCCGCCAACAAUUCGCCUACAGCCAACAAAGCCAACAGUUACCAGCCAAGAGGCCAACAACAGCAGGUUUCACAGCAGCCUUCACAACAGCCUUCGCCCAAAUCUGUGAUUGAGGUGCAGAAUUCAUCGCAGUUAAUGGCAAUUCCGCUGCAAAAAAUGCCAGCGUUGCCAGUGCCUCAUCAUCCGACGAUCAUUAGCAAGGUGGUCACAGUGCAGCCACAACAGGCCACUCAAUCCCAGGUGGCCAGUUCACCACCUUUGGGCAGCCUGCCGCCUCACAAGAACCUCCAUGUCAAUGCCCAGCAGCAACACCACCAGACCCAGCAGCAGCAGCAGCAUUCGCCGCAAAUGAUGGCCAAGAUGACAGCGCAGCAUCAGCAACAAAUGCAACAGUUUAUGCAUCAGCAGAUGGUUCAGCGACAACAACAGCAGCACAUGCAACAGCAACAACUUCAUGGUCAGGCGCAACAGUUGACGCCAGCUCAGCAACACCAAAUGCAGCAACAGCAUCAGGCUCAGCAACACCAUCAUGCGCAACAGCAACAGCAUCAGGCUCAGCAACACCAUCAAGCACAGCAACAACAUCAGGCCCAACACCAACACCAAAACCAGCAACAGUUGAACCAACAACAUCAUGCUCAACAGCAACAUCAGAAACAGCAUCAAGUUCAGCCACAGUUUAACCAACAACAUCAGACCCAGCAGCAAGCCCAGGCCCAACAGCAGCAUCAAGCUCAGCAGCAGUUAAACCAACAACAUCAGGCUCAACAACUGCAGCAAAUACAGAAGCUACAACAACAGAUCCAUGGUGCCCAGCAACAACAACAAUCGCCUCAGGGAACUGCCCACUUGGGAGCUCCUUCGUCAAUGUUUGCAUCACAACAACAUCAUACGCAGCUUCCACCACGAGGUGUGCCUACGCAGCAACAUCCGCAACAAUUGCCGCACAGUCCACCUUGCAAACCAAAUACUUUGGUUCCAGUCCCUCAAGUGCAAGUGCCCCAGGGUGCAGCAAUAUUAACCAAAGUUGGAGUCCAAGCACAGACACACCAACAGCAGCCAUCACACCAACCGCCAGUACACCAUCAUCAGAAACAACUGUCUUCACCUGGAGGAAAUCUUCCUCUUCAAGCGCCACACAACGUAAUCCAGAAUACACCGAAAAUGAUUGUCCAACAACACAUUGUACCCCCACCAAACCAAGUUGCACCACAACCUAAUAUAGCGAAUGCCAUACAGUACCCUCCUAGCCAGAGCAAGGAGAAUCCAGCUCCUGGCCAUGUGGAACCAUCACCGACUAUGACAACUCUGAAGACAUCGGAAAGUGUCUCAGUAAUUCGCACACCUACUCCAACCACCAGUUCGGCAGUGAUCUCACCAAAAACUGGGGCCUCCCUGUUAACUGAAGAAAAUUUGAUCAAAAUCUCACAGCCAAAGCAGGAUGAGCUAAUCGAGCAGGAUUCCAAGGAAGUAGACAGCGAUUACUGGUCAGCUAAGGAGGUGAAUAUUGACAGUGUGAUAAAGAAACUAGACACUCCAUUGACUAGUAAAGAUGAGAAACGGCCAGUCGAGAUGCAGACAAUUGCAGCGGCUCCAAUUCCGAAUCCGCAGCCAGUGGACCAUGUAGUAGUUGAAGAUACUCAUCUACCAACUCCUUCCGCGAGUGUGAACAGCUCCAACGAUCAUGACACGGAGGAUGAAACGGAGACAAGACAACUGCCGCCAGCAAAGCCUGUUGUACCCACUGUUGGCAGACCACCGGGAAGGGGAGGAAGCGCCAAGCGAGGACGCCAACCGAGGGGAGCCAAAAAGGUGGGAGGCUUUCCGCUAAAUGCAGCAACAGCACGAAUAGCAGCCGAUUUGGGAUUGGUAUUACAACCAGGUGACAAUGGAGUGCAAACCAGGCUGAGGAAACCUGUUACAGCUCCUGUGACCAGAGGCAGGAAAGGACGACCUCCAAGGAAUCUGCUAUUGCAGCAGCAGCAACAGCUUGAUCUACAGCGAAAGGCAAUGGAAAUGGUCGGAGCUAAUACACCUGCAGUUGCACCGCCAGCAGUUCCUAUUCCUCCAAGUCCCGUGCUCACAGCUGCAGAGAAGAAGGCCAGAAAUCAAGCCAUGACUCAAGCGCAAGUCCAGCAUCAAGUCACAAGUCAAAUGGGGUCUAGUCAGGAUAUCUACGAAUUCCAUGAAGACGCUGGUGAAGAACCGAAGGGCAAGGCUAAUUCUGCUGUUGCGCCACCUGCAGAGGAUCAGCGACCACGGCUCAUUCUCACCAUCAAUAAAACCCAACCCUCGAUUAAGAAUAGCAAUGAAGUUGAGCAACCUGUGCAACAACAACAGCAGCAACCUGACGUUGCAUCGCAAAUUGAUCCAAUAGGAGGAGACAACUCCGAGUCCAGUAAUACACGCAAAUCACGUCGCCUACAGGAAAAGGAGGAUCGUAGCACAGUAGACGACAUCAUCGAAGAUGUCGUGCGGAAUACCAACACACCAACUGGAGCAGGACAACAGUUACCAAAAGGCGCCCAAACUCCACCACGACGUUCUGGCAGAAAUGCGCAGGCCAAGAAGACGGAUGCAGUACAUCCCUCCAACGCAGUGGGUCGCCCUAGACGUUCAAAGGACAGGAAGACCAUUGGUGAACCGCCAGCAAGCUUGAUGGAGGAGACAAUCGCGCCCAAUCCAACUGCUGCCGCUCCUACAUCCAAUCUCUUGCCGCCACCUGAAGCAGUUAAUGUCCAACCUCAUAUGCCGCAGUUAGAUGGUAAAGAAGUGGAACCAGUACAAGAUGUGGCACCGAUUCCUACUUUAACUCCUGUGGCCGUAUCUGUUCCCGUUUCCGUUCCAGCGCCCGCUCCCGCGCCAGUAAUGGUUCUUCCCAAGCCUACAAUGCCUCAACAUCCCAAGAAGAAGGCUAUUGCGGCGGCUGAGAUUGAAUCGUAUCAGGCCAUUAACUCAUCCAUUCCCAGCGGUGGGUUGCCAAUGCAUCAGACUGCCGCUCCUGCUACUCAAAAGAUCACUGGUGGGGCAGCGGAUGCGGUCAGCAAGGCUCUGGUUGACCCCGUCACUGGAGUUAUAACCGCAGGAAUGCCUCAGGGCAAGGAGGGAAAUCUUCCAGCUGCCACCGCUGCUGCUCCUGCCAACAGCAGCAAUGAAGCUGGCCCACCGCCUCAUCUCUCUCAGCAGCAACAGCAACAUCCACAGCAAGCACCACAGCAACAAGCAAAUGUACAGAUCAGUAGCACUGUGAUUGCUUCUGGUGCACCACCACCAAUUACGGCCUUGGGAAAAUCAGUUCAACUUGAGUCCGCAGCAGCGGCGGCCUUGCUCAACAAACCUGUGAGUGUUCUGGUAAAAGGAAACCCCACUCCACAGGUGAUUCAGCAGCAGCAACUAUCUCAGAUAGUGGCUCCGCCAAAGCAACCCAUUGUAAUGCAGCAAAAUCCCCUUCCCUCUGUGCUGCAACAUGCCCAGCACAGCAACGUGCGGGCACCUCAACCACUUAAGGCACACGUGCUGAACAGGGAAAAGAAUCUCCAGCAGCAAUUGACGCCCACAAAGCAACCAGUAGCUCAGUCCCAGCAGCAGCAGCCACAUUCCGCUCACUUGAUGCUUACAGAUACCGCUGUAAAUCAACAACAAUUGCAGCCCCAGAUCAUUGCACGUCACCUGCAGCACCAACAUCUUGUGGUCAACGUGCCGCCACCGACAGCACACUCGCCGCAUUCGCCAAGGAUUGCCGGUCAGCAGCAACAGUUGGGACCGGGAACUAACGUCAGUCCCCAGCAGCAGCAGCCACAAACGUUGGUGAUCAAGCAAACGGCUUCGGCUGCGACACCACAGAUAUUGCAUGUGGUCAGUUCAAAGGCUUCAGUGGUGACGCAGCCGCAACAGCAGCAGCCGUUACCCCCUUCGUCUGUAGGAGCUCAUAUGCAGCUGGGCAAGCCCAACUAUGGCUACGCACCCGCUGUUUUGCCACCCACUUCAUCGGCAUCCGUUCAACAGCAGCAUCUGUACAAGCAAACCAGUCAGCAAAAGGGAACUCAGAUGCAACUGCCCCUUCACAGCAUGAUAUUGCCAACCCACCCUGGAAUGCUGCAGCAGAAACUACCAGCACAUCUGCAGCCACAGCAGCAUCAGUUGAAUCCUUCGCCGCCGCCUGGAAAGCCAAACCCCUUAGUGCACGGCCUGCAGGCUGGACAGAUCAUGCCAGGAAGUGUGGGAAGUCCACCACCGGUAUCAGCUGCAGUAUUGAAAUCCGCUCAGCCGCAGGUGAAUUCCUCUAUCGGACCAGCUGGGCUGCGCACUGCCAUACCGAAUAUCAGUCCGCAGGGCCAGCCGAGGGUAUCGCCUUUGGUUCUACCACCCGGAAUGACCGGAGUGCCACCUUUCGACGCAAGUCUGCACGACCUGGGCGCUUAUGUAAGUGGACGGCGAACCCAGAGUCCGCCUCCAGCUCAUCAGCAGGCAUCGCCUAUAACUCCGAACGAUUCAACCUAUCGAGGAGUGGCUACUUCCAGGGAUUUUAUGCUCUACCAGCACCACUUGAUGCGAGGUGGCGAUUACGAUGACAAAAUGAGCAACAGUCCGCCGCUAGAGCUACGACGCCCUGGCAGUGGUCCUCCAAGGACCAUCGCAGUGCCCCACAGUUUGCAGAGUCCUCAGGAUCGCACAGCAGCUGACUCACCGCAAAUGGCGCAGGUUUACGUACACAAUGCCCGCAUUCCACCGGCGCACUUCAGCGAAAUUGCAUCGCGAGGCUUGUACGACAGUGGUGGCUUACAGCUCGAACCCCCACCGGCCCAUAGACCAACAGCAUCUAUUAGCGUGGUGGUGCCACAACAAAUGCCACCCGUCUCCACCGGAAGUCCGUUUAUUGGACGCGAUGGCAGCGUGCAGCCGGGAAGCCACCUUCACCCAGGCAAGGCAAUGGAAAUGCAGUUGGAUGAUCUAGAUCGCAUGUCUAUGCUCGCAGCUGUCGUCAAACAACAGCAGGAGCAUCUACAACCUGCUCUGCACGCUGGCAUGGAAUUAGCCACCCAGCAAGCUCCACCAACGAUGGCUCCACCUCCGGGUGAUUCGCUGGUCACUCUUCUGCAACGCUAUCCAGUGAUGUGGCAGGGUUUACUGGCCCUUAAAACUGAUCAGGCCGCUGUUCAAAUGCACUUUGUGCACGGAAACCCGAAUGUGGCAAGAGCGUCGCUUCCCAGUUUGGUGGAGACCAACACCCCGUUGCUGAGGAUUGCGCAGAGGAUGCGACUGGAGCAGACGCAGCUGGAAGGAGUCGCCAAGAAGAUGCAGGUUGACAAGGAGCAUUGCAUGCUUUUGGCUUUGCCAUGCGGAAGAGAUCACGCCGAUGUGCUUCAGCAUUCAAGGAACCUCCAGACCGGAUUUAUCACCUACCUGCAACAGAAAAUGGCCGCCGGCAUUGUGAAUAUACCCAUUCCAGGCAGCGAGCAGGCGGCCUACGUGGUGCACAUCUUCCCGGCAUGCGAUUUUGCUAAUGAGAACCUGGAGCGGGCUGCUCCGGAUCUCAAGAAUCGCGUGGCCGAGUUGGCACACCUCCUGAUUGUAAUUGCCACUGUCUAAAUCGCAGAACAGGCAACUCACUGAUAAAACAAAAGAAAUAGAAGAGACAAGCUAAAAAAUUACCGGAUGUUAAACCCCACGGAAAAAUACAACAACCAGAAAGAAAAAACCAUCAAAAACAAGAUACGCUCUUCUAGUAUUUUAAGUAAUUUUAAAUAGCGGUUAAACAAGCAAAAGUUUAAAAAAGCAAAGCAAAACGAUACAAAAAGAACUUUAACAGGCAGAAACAUGCAAACUUUAUUGAAUAAAUAAAUGCAAGAGAAGCAGAAGAACUUUGAGGCCAAGAUCACAUCUAACCGUAAAGAGACCCAAACAAAGCGAAAGAAAUCCCUUAAAAUCCCGACACUUUGAAAGCUGAAGCAAAACGAUGAAUAUUUGUCCAAAUUAGUUAUUUAACUUUUCCUAAUUUAAAAACAUUAACAAAAAGCUUGCAAAGUAUCGUUAAGUUUGAUCUCAAGAAAGAAAGUUUUAUUUUUGCUUAAUUUAAAAUGAAAGAAACACGUAAAAAAACACACGAACACCUACACAUGCAAAUUGAAAGAAAUGUUAAUGAAAGCUUACAACAUAUUAACUGUUUACUGUACUAUGCAUACUACUACCCAUACAUAAUAUUAAUAUCCGAUCCUAUCCUUAACACGAUUAAGUUUUGAUUGGUGUAUAUCUUUCGACUAAUUCGAUAGGAAAGUUACUGCUCCGCGUUAUACAAAGUUUCCGCCCCGAACAAUCAGCCGUUUUAUUUUAGACAGAUCGGUUCCUUGGCUCUAUGGAAUGCCUUCCUAUAAAACUAGAAUAUCGGGCCUGACAUAGACCCAAAGAACUUCAGACGGGACUGUCGCCCAUGCUGUUCAGCACAAUUAGGUUUAGAGAUGCGCCCAGAGGCUUUUCCUGAUAGCAUACACACACAUACAUUAUGCAUUACAUUACAUUAUCUAGACGUGUAUUUAAUUAUAAUCAAUAUUUUAAGCCAAAUACUUUAAAGUUUAGACACGUUUAAUUCCGUGUUGUUACUUUCGCUCUGCACCAGAGUUUUUUCUAUUCUCUUAAAAAUCGCGAUUGUUUUCGACUCGACGCUGACGGUCAUUUUGUUUGUUAUUUCCUACCUUUUGUUUCUAUUUUAACAUUUUUUUUUUAUUACCACCACCACUGCCACAAAACUAAAUCUAUAAAUCACUGGUCUACAUCUAAACAUAGGCGUUACGAUCUCCUCCCACUUAUUAGUUAUUGUGCGCGAAACUUUGUACAAUGUUGGGUAGUUUCUGGGCCUCCCUUACGCUGACAACCCACAAGAACAUUAACACAUAAACAUACCCCUCACAAUAUGAUACAAUAACCUAUAUAGUACCCUCUCUGAACACUCCUUAAACUUAAUCGUAAGUUUUCACACGACUUGUAAAUUUUGUGACCGACAGGAUAAUAUGAAAAAGAAAACAAGAGUAAAAGAAACAAAAACAAAACACAACUGUAAAAUAUUUAAAUUAUUUAGACUCUAACAAGUAUGAAAUGUAAAUACAGUUUAAUUAGUGUUUAGCGCGUAUUUAGUUGUAUGUUUUAAAACUAAACUAAAGAGAAACAAACUGUACAUUAUAUAACACAAUUAAUGAUACGAAAAAAGAGAGAUCAAUUCUGCAAUUGGUCACCCAGAAACAGUAAUCGAUAAAGAAAAAGUAAAAUGCGAAAAAAGCAGCAAGUGAGAACACAAUUUUCAAGUUGAAACAGAUGAAGCGCUGUUAAACGUAUGUUAAUGUAUAAGUUGUAUGAUUUAAGAGACUUUUUAGUUAUUUUCUAAGUUACUUUGAAGAAACCGAUUAAAUUACAAUUAUUUCUUACA